UUAUUGCCAUUUUUUUCGAGUCGCGUUUCGCAAAACAAAGCCUCAUUCCUCCCAAGGCAAACACGCGAUCCAGCGCAUCAAUCUCAGAGUCAGCUAGCCUUCCUAUCCAUCGAAUUUCGGAUCGCGACCGACUGCGCUCUCGAUCUCUUCUUCUGCCUCGUGCUACUGAUCCUAACGGUUCGAUCCGCAACCAGCUCUUCGCCUCGCUACCAAAGCUCCGCAUCCACAAUCAAGAUGUCUGCCAGACUCGAUAAGUCUCUCGACGAGAUCAUAUCAACUCAACGACGAUCUUCUGGUCGUGGCAGAGGCAGACGCGUUCAUCGCACUGCGCCCGCCGUUACCGCGCCUGCCGGUGGUGUUAAGAAAAACCCUAAGCAUGCCAAAGGUGCUGUCAAGAAUAUUCCUACGGGACCGUCGGGCUCAAGUGGUGAAGGCAAGAUUCUAGUCACUGGCUUCCCUAAGGAUAUCACGGAACCUAUGAUCAAGGUAUCAACUGCAAUAAUUCGACAUCGGCGAGCCGUUCUACCUGUGGAGGAGUACUUUGUCAAGAUGAUAGGACCCGUCAAGCGAGUUGAACUUUCCUAUGGACCUGGCGGAGCUAGCCGUGGUAUUGCAAAUAUCCUCUUCGCCCGUUCCGAGAGCGCAACCAGGGCUGUGGCUGAAUGCAAUGGUAUUCCUGUUGACGGCAAACCAAUCAAGGUUGAGCUCAUUAUCGAUGCCACACGUGCCAAGGCAAUUCCACCCCCAAAGGGCCUCAGCGAGCGUAUCACUCAGCCAAAGCCUCAACCUAAGUCUGCAGCAGUUACCAAGACCGCAGGUGCCACUCGUGGUCGUGGGAAGGGUGGUCGCGGCAAAGGUGCUGCUCGUAAUGCUAGACCUGCGAAGAAGACUGCAGAGGAACUCGACUCGGAGAUGGUAGACUACUGGCAGGCAGGUGCUGCAGCCACCGAGACCAACGGAGCUGCUCAGCCCGCUGCUGGUGGCGAUGCUAACAUGGAUGAUGAGAUCUUGUGAGCUUGAUCGGAACACAGGAGCUGAGACACGCACCUAAUAGGGAUAGAUAAGCGAUCAUUUAUGUGGUAGGCGUUUCUUUUUCCGAACAUUGAGCUACCGCCAAUUGUAUUACUGCCACUGCGCCUGGCUUUGCAUUCAGCUGCCAGGCUUUUCAUCGGGGAAUGGGUAUGAUAAAUUCAGAUGCGUCAUACAGGCUUGCCGCUGCCGCGGUCGGACGGGAUUUCCUUUUCAAAUUGUGUCCCAAGCUCGCGAAUCAGGGGGCGUUCUCAAUCAUCGGAAUGGAAAGCAUUGAAAUAGUCUUCGACUUUCUGUGUGUGCAAAAUGCUCACCAUUACUACUCAGAUGUGACACGACAGAAAUGACCUACUUGAAUGUGUAGUUUUGUAUCGGC